GUCGCGCGGGGGUGGGCUCCGUGAUCGGGACCCGUGUGCUCGCCGAGGGAGGCUGUCCCCGGCUUCGGCCUCCCGCCUGCUGCUGUGUGUUGUCAGAGGUUCUUUCUUGGGAGAAUUCUGGACUUGGGUGAGGUGCACGUGGAGAUUCCCUCCACCUGAAGAUGAGGGAAAGGGGUGCAUGGAGUUGUAUCUCGGUUUGUGGGGCCCGCGCUGGGGAUGCCUGGGUAAUCCAGAGGUCAUCUGUGCCGUACUCGUCACGGCUUCCGAGCGCCCUAAAACGCCCUCUCCGUGGGCAGAAGAUAGAGCUCACCUAUUCUGGCUUUCCAGACUCACAGAGUUCAAGCUGGUUGGCCCUCCAGCCCCCGCAGUUUACAAAUGAGACAGAUCUAGAGAAGGGGAAUGGCCUUCCUGAGACCGUUCGGCCGGUGAAUUGGGGGGCUUCCUGGCUCAGACAGUGCUCCUUCCGUCGUUUUGCAUUGCAGGCUCAUCCCCCCCUCUGUCUAGGAGGCUGAUCUGAGUCCUACGGAGAUGGGUCUUACUGUUCUCCCAAACCUGCGGGCCCCGUUAUCAGGUUCACUCUCUUCCCCAGGGCAUGCCACAAACCUCCAGAUACUGGUCUGUGGGACUCAGCAGAGCAUGAGUCGUCUGUCCUUGCAUCCGUAAGCCACUCUCCCAACUGCUGCCCCACCACCCACCGUCCUCAUGUCUACCUUACUCCUCAAUCUGGAUUUUGGCAAACCUCCCCCCAAAAAGGCAUUAGAUGGGAACGCUAAGCACCAAAAGUUUGUCAAAAAGCGGCGGCUCUUGGAACGGAGAGGCUUUCUGAACAAGAAGAACCAGCGCCCCAGCAAGGUGCCCAAGCCGCCCUCAGAACCUCCAAGGAAAGGGGAAGCCCCUCGGGUGGAUGGCACUUGGAAGGUCCCUCCUCUCGCAAAAAAGAAGAAGACCACUGUCGCCGGCAGUGGGUCAGAGCAGUUCCUGGACAAGAAAACGUCUGUGCCUUGGCUGACCCCUGCCCCUUCACAGAAGGCUGGUUCUCUUGUGGCUACAGUGGAUUUGCUCGGGGAGUUCCAGAGUGCCCUCCCGAAGAUCAAGAGCCCCCCAGCUCGGCCCCGGAAGAAGGGCCCCCAGAAGAAUGCCCCCCAGAACUCCACCCAGGCUCAUCCAGGGAGUACAUGCUCUGAAGCAUCCCAGAAAACGCCAACAAAGAUGGUGGCAAUUGACUGUGAGAUGGUGGGCACAGGACCCAAGGGACAUGUCAGCUCUUUGGCGCGAUGUAGCGUCGUCAACUACAGCGGAGAUGUGCUCUAUGACGAGUACAUCCUUCCCCCCUGCCACAUCGUGGACUACCGCACCCGGUGGAGUGGUAUCCGGAAGCAGCACAUGGUGAAUGCUACGCCUUUUAAGAUUGCUCGGAGCCAGAUCCUGAAGAUACUCACAGGAAAGAUCGUGGUCGGGCACGCCAUCCACAACGACUUCAAGGCCCUUCAGUACGUCCACCCCAAGGCCCUCACCCGCGACACCUCCCACAUCCCCCCGCUCAACCGGAAGGCUGAAUGCCCGGAGAAUGCCACCAUGUCUCUGAAGCAUCUCACCAAGAAGCUGCUGAACCGGGACAUCCAGGUUGGGAAGAGUGGACAUUCCUCUGUGGAGGACGCUCAGGCCACCAUGGAGCUGUACAAGUUGGUUGAAGUCGAGUGGGAAGAGCACCUGUCCCAGAACCCCCCAAAGGAUUAGCAGCAAUGGAGGGCACAGAUGAUGGGCAGCCUACACAGGAGUGGCGAUGGACCGUGGGCAGCCCCGCCAGCUCGGCACCUUCGCAGCUAGCCUUGCUGGGACAGAGGCACCACCCCACGCUAACACCCACUGAAACUUCACCUCAGGCGUUGUGUCCUGUGUCUGGCUAAGUGUCCUGUGGAAGGAGGGAGUCUCCCUGUCGGCACCUGGCCCUGUACUGUUUACCUCUGAGAUGGUGCUAGCCACAGGCCCAGGGGGCUUGGCUCUCCACAAGCUCUCUGACUUUCAGUGUGCAGGGCAUGCUGGGAAAUGUAGUCCCCAACUGCCUAACCACUAGGGUGGCCCCAUGUCCCCUUGUACGCCCUUUGUUCUGGAGUGAUUAACAGCACCCUCUUUCACGCUCUCAAGUACCCUGUGGGAUAAUGAACCGUAUGAUCAUAAACGCACCUCAGAGUCGCAUCCAGCCUGGGUCAUGACACCCCCUGGUCUUCCCACGCCAACUCCCAGAGGAGCCACCCUGCUGAGGGUUAGCUCUUGGGGUUAGAGCGUGUGACAUGGAAAUGAACUUUUCUAAUUGAGGGAAGCAGUCCCUUUCCUAAAGCAAUCAAGGAUUUAUUUAACGUAGAUCCCACUUGGUAGGUUAAAAAAGAAUUUAAAGUGUUUUCAUGGUUUUUAGUCUUUGCUUAAAGCAAGCCUCUAAAAAUUCAGAUUAUUCUCUUGAAAAAUUUUUUAUAACGGAAAAA